GUCGCGCGCAUCGAGAGGUUGAACAUUUUGGGAGCGCAGUCAAUUGUGCCACUUGCUUCAACUCCAUCCUCCAAUUCCAAACAUCAACACUCGACGACUUUUCUGCGGCCGAUUGCGCAAACACGCGAUUUCCGAGACUCGAAUCAACCAAAUAUCUCGAUAACAAACCAAAAAGAAGCAAAAUGGGCAAGAAGAAGCGCGGACACCCGGACAUUGAAGAGCUCCUGGCCCGGCCGUGGUGCUACUACUGCGAGAGAGACUUUGAGGAUCUGAAGCUCCUGAUCUCCCAUCAGAAAGCGAAGCACUUCAAAUGUGAACGAUGUGGCAAACGAUUGAACACCGCCGGUGGUCUCUCUGUUCACAUGAACCAAGUCCACAAGGAAAAUCUGACCAGCGUCGAGAAUGCUCUGGCUAACCGGCAAGGACUCGACAUCGAGAUCUUCGGCAUGGAGGGCGUCCCUGAGGACAUCAUCCAGCAACAUAACCAGCGCAUCAUCCAGAACUUCUACACAGCCCAGGCGGAGCGACAGGCUGCUACUGGAAAUCCACCAAGGGGGCUGUCCGGUGGACAAGGUCCGACCAAGAAGAUCAAGAUCGAGACUCCCGAGGAGAUCAAGAAGCGGCUGGCAGAGCAUCGCGCAAAGGUUGCCGCUCAAAAGGAAGCGAUUGCAAAUGGCACCCCCCUCCCAGUUGUUGCCCCAGCCAAUGGCCCAAGUCCAUCUCAGGUUGCUUCUCCUUUCCCUCCACCGCAGCCAGGUUUCCCAUAUCCUGCAGGAGCCCCAGCAUACCCUCCUGUUACUUACUCCCCCGGGGCAGCCCCUGGCGCUUUUGGCAGCCUCCCGGCGAGACCUCCAAGUGGUGGCCCGAUCCCUUCGGCACUCCCGCAGAGACCUUCUUACCCGUACCCCGGUGGUGUGGCCCCUCCUGGCUUCCCAGGUGCUUCACCAGUCGACGAAUCUGCGGCCAAUGCCGGUAGAGCACCCGGUGGCGAUGAUAUCGAUCAGCUGAUAAGGAUGGCUGAGGCGGGCAUCAAACCGGCCAAGAACGGAGACGAGCAGCCAGCCCCGACAGAGAAGAAGAAGAAGGGGAUGCGGAUGGUGUACGAUGACACCGAGGUCAGUCCCGAGGAGAAGAUGGCCUUGCUGCCAAGAUAUCGGUGGGUUGAGGAGGCGGCGGCGUGA